AUGGGGACAAUCGGGAUCCCAGUCAAGCUCAUUCACGAGGCAGUUGGCCAUGUCAUUACGGUCGAGCUCAAGGGCGGCGCUUGCUAUCGCGGCACUCUUUACGAUGCGGAGGACAGCUUCAACGUAGCAAUGAAGGAUGUUACAGCGACAGCACCGGAUGGCAAGCAAUCGCAUCUGGAAAACAUUUACAUUAGGGGCAACAUGCUUCGAUUCAUCAUUGUGCCAGAUAUGCUGCAACAAGCGCCCAUGUUCAAACGUAUCGGACCAAAUGCGAUGAAAGGCCGUGGUAUCGGAAGUGCUCGUGGCCGAGCGACUAUCCUCCGAGCGCAAGCGCGGCGUGGACGAGGAGGAUCUACAGGUCCAACCAGCGGUGGUCCCAGCGCACGACCUGCCGUUCGAAGAUAG